AACACGCUCCUACGCAUUUCUGUUGAUUCUGUUACAAUAAUUAUUGAACAAAAUGUCGACAUCGGAAAAGGAUAUCAGGGUCCUGCUAUUUGGGCUGGGAGCNNCAUCGGAGGCUUCUACGCAUUUGUCCUCGGACGCAAUAACAACGUGUCUCUAGGAGUAGUAGCAAGAUCGAAUUACGAACGGGUCAAGACACAUGGAUUGAACAUCGAAAGCGAGAAUCACGGCAACCACAAAGUCAACAUAGAUCAGGUCUACAAAUCACCGGAUGAGAUCACAUCACCAUUCGACUAUAUCGUCUGCACUCACAAAGCUGUAGACCCAGUCAAAGUGCCGCCACUCCUCAAAUCUGCUGUGGACGACAGAACCACCUUCGUCAUCAUCCAAAAUGGCGUCGGCAACGAGGAGCCAUUCCGCACCACCUUCCCUAACAACACAAUUAUCAGUUGUGUGACCUGGGUAGGAGCCACACAGAUCUCUCCAGGAGUAAUCAAGCAUACAAAAUCCGAGGAUAUGCAGAUGGGUCUAUUUCCCAACCCAUCCGUCUCUCCUGAUCUCGAGCAAGAAAGACUAAACACCUUUGCAACUCUUCUCAGAACCGGCAAGACAGUCUUUCAAGUCGAGAAGGACAUUCAGAUCAAACGCUGGGAAAAGGUCACUUGGAAUGCAGCGUGGAACUCGAUUACCACACUCACAGACGUGAACACCCAGGACUGGCUCAAGUCAUCUCCUCAAGCAAUGACCAUAACCAAGCGUCUGAUGUGCGAAGUAAUCGACAUAGCAAGUCGAUGCAAUGUCCCCCUCGACCACAAGCUAGCAGACGAUUUGGUGGACAAAAUCUUAGCCAUGCCUGGCAUCUAUUCGAGCAUGCACACGGAUAUGAAGGCAGGGCGACCUUUGGAGGUGGAUGUCAUCUUGGGGUAUCCUAUCCUGAAAGCGAACGAGUUUGGGAUGGAUGUGCCAGUGUUGAGUACGAUUUACGCUCUGACGACUGCUGUAAACGGGAGAUUGACUAAACUCUGA